UUCACACUCUACUUGUGCUCACACUAAUGCUGAGAGUUCUUGACACACAUGUAAAUAUUCAGUCCAAACGGGGCUGCUUUCUCUUUCUCUUUCUCUCUCCGAACCGAACCGGGUCAUGCAGCUCAAGGCCUGCUGUAUUUACAGCACCGGAGUGUUGUGUAUUCUGCUGUUGAUCGCCGGGAUCGCGAUGGUUCUGUCGCAGGUCUUUCAAAAUCUCUUAAACAACAGGAUAAAGAAGGAAGUAGUUCUGGAAAAUGGAACAGAAUCAUUUUCAGUGUGGCAAAACCCUCCACCACCCGUUUACAUGCAGUUUUACUUCUUCAAUCUAACAAAUCCCAAUGAGGUUCUGGAUGGAGACAAACCCUCCGUCAUACAGAUCGGACCGUACACAUACAGGGAGUUUCGGCCGAUGGAGGAAGUGAAAUUUCUGGAGAACGGAACUAAAGUGGCGGCUGUCAAUCCAAAGACGUACGUGUUUGAACCCAAAAUGUCACGCGGCUCGGAGGAUGACCUCGUUCGGACCGCCAACAUCCCUGCUGUGACAGCGAUGGAUAGAUACAAAGAUAACCCCAUCAUCAACCGUGUGAUCUCUGACCUGAUGAAGUCCUUGAGUAUCGGCGUGUUUGGGACGUUCAGAGUCGGCGAUCUGCUUUGGGGUUAUGAAGAUCCGCUCCUGAAAGCUCUUAAACCGUUUGUGACGGAUGACCACUUUGGACUUUUCUACAAGAAAAACGGCACAGAUGAUGGGGAAUACGUGCUCUUCACGGGGAGGCGGAACUAUCGGGACUUUGCUCGUAUAGACAUGUGGAAUGGACAGAGUUCAUUAGACUGGUGGAGCACGGCUGAGUGUAACAUGAUCAACGGCACAGACGGAGCGUCCUUCCAUCCGGUCAUCACAAAAGCAGAAAAACUCGAUAUAUUCUCAUCUGAUCUGUGCAGGUCUAUAUAUGCCUUGUACGAGUCUGACGUGAGCGUUCGAGGGAUUCCCGGUUUCCGUUUUGUUCCCCCCAGCGAGGUUUUCGCUAAUGUUACGAUUAACCCAGAUAACGCAGGGUUCUGUGUGCCGGCCGGUAACUGCCUGGGCUCCGGUCUUCUGAACGUCAGCGCUUGUAAAGAGGGAGCGCCCAUCAUCAUGUCAUCACCUCAUUUCUAUCAGGCGGACGAGAAGUUCGUCCAAGACAUUUUUGGUAUGAACCCGAGGAAGGAGGAGCACGAAACGUCCAUCGACAUCAACCCACUCACUGGUCUCGUGCUUCAGGCAGCGAAGCGUCUUCAGGUAAACCUGUAUCUGCAGCAGAUUCCGGCGUUCAGUCAAACUAGGAAUAUCAGGACGUUGGUGUAUCCAGUGAUGUACAUCAAUGAGAGUAUCGUUAUCGAUGAAGAAUCCGCCAAGAACCUGCAAGCGGUCGUUACCAUGGCGAAUGUGGUCAUCAACAUCCCGUUCAUCGUGAUUAGCUUGGGCAUCUUACUGGGCAUGGCCUUUAUAGUGCUCAUGUGCCGACAGAAAGUGCCAGAGAGUUCAGCAGCAGAACGGGACCCCCUGCUCGUGUCGUAAUCUCACAGGAUGUACAGCAGAACAUCAGGAUGAACUAACAUGCGUUUACAGUCACUGGCAUCGAUUCAAGCAUCAAUGCAUGCAGCAGACAACUCAUAGUGCAAAGUUUGUCUUUAGUAUUUCAUCAAACCGUAGAGUAAUAAAACAUACAUCAUACUAAUAAGACACUAAUAAUGGGGUGAAAGCACGCGUGAUGUAAUGUACACAUUGCCACAUCGUCACGUUCUUUUAAGUCACUAUAACCGGCAAAAGUGUCGCUAUUGUUGCUUUGGUGCCAUGAUGCAUUUAUGAAAACAAGCUUGUUGUGUUUUUCUCUUCGGCCAGAUUAAAGUUGUUUUUCUUGGUGUAACAUAAGAUUGAAAGAUUGAUGGUGCAUCGACUCUACAGAGGGCAUCAAUCAUGUUUUAAGAGUUGAUUUAUGACACUUUAUUAACUGUUUCAGUGAAUGCAAUGAAAGCCAUAACCGCCGACCCCUCUGGCAAAACUCUAAAAUCUCUGUAUUGAAAACUAAAUGUGUAACAUUAUGAUAUAUUAAUAAAUCUCUGUGCAUAAUUCAGAGGUUCUUCAUGUUUGUCCCGUGCUGUAUUACAUUAUCUCAACAUCUCUGUUCAUUAAUAUGCACUGAUCGAUCGAUGUUUCUUCAACUUCAAACGGCAUUUACAAUAUACACAAUUAAAAAGUUAAAAGUACACUAACUUAAAAAUAAAUGUGUUUACAAAAUGGUUUGGUGUGGUGGAAAUGAUCGUAACUUUGAAAUCAUUUUCACACAAUAAUUCAUGAUAUUGUUUGUUUAUUUCAGCCUUUGUUUCGAUGAUCAAAGUUUUAAACAUGUGAUUUUCAUUCUGGGUCUGAUUAAAACAGUCGAAUCUUUACAUAAAAGACAUUUGAAAAGUGCCAAAUAUAAAUGAUGACGUCUGUUUUCAUGAGACCUUCAUAUAAAGCUGAAAUCUGUUUGUUUUAAUAAAAAUAAACCCCUUGACAAGAA